GUGGCCUUCGCCUCCGUCACACCUCUCCACGCGACCUCUUGGUCCUCCGCGACCAACCAUUCAUAUCCGCCGCCACCGAGGUGUAUCUUCUCCACGCGCAGCACGAUGCAGAGGCUCGGGGAUCUUGCUCAAUAUGGAAGCUCGGACGAGGAAGCGUCCCAAUGCUCCCCGCCGCCAGCGAAGAGACGAAAGCUACCGAGACUUCCGGAUACCUUGCGGCCAAACAUUCCAAUCGACAACCCAGCUCUUCACCAAGGGAGAGUCCGUACCUCUCCUCACGUUGAGGGUCAAUACGCAGCGUAUGUCUACCUACCUCUGAUCGUGGAGCGAAGAUCCCCGCUUUGCAACCUAUUGACGAAGGCAUUCGCUUUCGCGAAGAAUGCGGUGCCACCAUUGCAACCGAUCGGACUGCCCGACCAACAGCGAGCAGGAUACCACCAGGCGCAGUCGGAUCAAUCCAAAGACGACAACGGGUUAGAUAUCGAGCUUCACGUUUCGCUUACACGACCAAUCUACCUCAGAGCACAUCAACGCGAGGACUUGAAACGCGGGGUCAAAGCAAUUGCGAAGUCCCAUUCUGUCUUUUCUGCGUCUCUCGCAUCUCUUUCAGAGCUUAUGAACGAUGAGCGAACCCGCACCUUCCUCGCGGUCGAUGUGGGCGCGGGACAUGACCAACUGAAGUCUAUGUCAGAUGAGCUCAUUCCUACGCUGCGAUCCCUCAAACAGAAGGGAUUCUAUGCCGAGCCGCGAUUUCACGCCUCCUUCGCUUGGGCCCUUUUGCAUCGCUCCUCUCUUUCCACAGUCGAAGGAUAUUCGCCGUCUACAUCUCCAGCGGCAAUAUCGUCCCCCAGCCCAGUGCUUCCACUCCCACCAAGGGUCUCGGUCCCUUCGGACGAUGCACGGCCAUCGACAGAGUCGCCCGCUGUGUCCCCUCGAGGCAUCGAAGAUUUCCCUACCAUCGCUCGCUUCCCGCCGAGUCUGGUACCUUCCCUAAACGCCGAGUUCGGCGAGAGGCUCCGCGCGCGGCACGUCGGGACCUUCUACGCCCGCGAGGUGCACGUCAAGAUUGGGAAGGACGUCUUCAAGUGGAGUUUGUCCGGAGCCUAGGGGAAGCAGAGAUGGAUGAUCCUUCGAUGGCCAUAUGGGCCUCUCCACGUUUCGCAUCCGUCGCUUGACGCGAAUUGGCCACCUGUUGAUCUAUAUUAAAGGAUUCGAAUUCAUCCACGCACCUCACUCCGCGACGGCUCACCAAAAUUCACUAGCCUCUUUGCUUUCAAGCACGAUUGCUUAUGGUGCCCAGGUUGCAUGGCUCCGCCAUGUCACCGCACGCAACGGACACAUUUCUGUCCAUACUUAUGCGCCCCGGCAUCAUGCACAUGAUCGAUCUCUUCUAUAUAGGUCUCAACAUCGCCAAGACACAUUCUUUCGUCUGGAGUAUUCCGAGUCAUACGAGAUAAGUACGUCCAAUACAUGGCCAUACGCCUGUGGCCUCCGCGCAUCGUCGAGACUAGCAGUAAGGGGCCCAGAG